UCAGCAUCCCUUGCUCCACUUGCCCUGCUCCCAGGGACACGGGCUGAGCUCCCCAGCAUCCUCCCGCUGGGGCAGCACGAUGGAGGUGGUCCUGUUCCACGGGCUGCUGCUCCUCCUCCCCUUGGCAGCCCUGCUGCUUUACCGGUACAAUGCCACCUUCCACUACUUCUGCAAGGUGGCCUUCUUCAACUGCUGGAUUGUGGUCAUGGCCACCCUCCUGUCCCCCUUUGCGGCUCUUCGGGGACGCUCCGUGGAGAAUAUGAAGCUUCUGCGUGCCGCGAUCCUACCCCUCAAACGCUUCUAUGGCAUCAAGAUGCAGGUGUGGGGCUCUGAGCAUCUGAACAUCAAGGAGCCUUAUGUCAUAGUUUGCAACCACCAAGCUUCUCUUGACCUCAUGGGCAUGGUGGAGGUCAUUCCUGACCGCUGUGUGCCCAUCGCCAAGAAGGAGAUCAUGUACAUGGGCACCGUGGGGUGGGCCUGCUGGCUCAGUGGCAUCAUCUUCAUCGACCGCCACAAAAGAGAAGAUGCAAUCAAUGUCAUCUCCCAGACGGCCAGGAUCAUGCGGCGUGAAAAUCUCCGAGUGUUGAUUUUCCCUGAAGGCACCAGGAACCAGGACAAAUCCAUGCUGCCCUUCAAGCGUGGGGCUUUCCACUUGGCUGUUCAGGCUCAGGUUCCCAUUUUCCCCAUCGUGAUCUCCCCGUACUGGGACUUCUUCAGCUCCAAGGAUAAGAAAUUCACCUCCGGGACGUGCACCAUCCGAAUCCUCCCCAAGGUAGAAACCCAGGGCCUGAGCCCAAAGGAUGUCCCCGAACUGACAGAGACUGUCCGCCAGGCCAUGGCUGAUGCCCUCGCUGAGAUGUCUGCAAAUCGCUGUGGGGACCAGCAUGCUGAGCAGCCUCCGCUCCCACGCUGUGCUGGGGCCGGUGCUGGCAGGGGGAUGGGCAGCCUGCAGUGUGAGGAAGACACAACCGGGACCAGCAAUUAGGCAGAGGGACCGAGCCGCUGGGGAUGUAAGGGAGGUGGCACAGCCAGAGGCUGGGCCGUGCUGUCCCCUCGUCCCCUGCGGAUGUGUCCCCAGACCUGCCACCACCCCAGCAGCCUGCGAGAGCAGGACGGUGCCCUGGUGCAAGGGGAAGCAGAGCAGUGCAGGGACCCGUCAGCACCCUGAAAACAGUGCAAGGUGUCCCCAGAACCCUCUUACUGUGACUGUGCAUCCCCUCCCCAGGGCAUUACCUGUCUCCCCGAAUCCUGGCGCUGUGUCUGGCCCUGGGUAGGAAGCCGCGUCUGCCUGGAUGGCUCCCGCCUGCACACUGGGUAGGGGGAAGAGAUGUGCCAGGCAGGGCUGGGGGUUCGCUGCACCAUUUUCCGCCCCUGACGGUAUGAAUUGCAGUGGAGUUCACCCGUGGGCUUGCUGGGUUGCUUCUUCCAGAGGCUCCUGCAAGCUGGCAAUGCUGUUCAGAUGCAGCAAGCUCUGGGGAGGGGUCCAGAGCACGGCGUGUGGCUUGGAGGGGGGCAGGAGGAUAUUGCCACGUGGGAAGAGCAUACUUGAUGCUGAACUAUGAGACAA